AUGGAUCUGCACAGCCAAGGCCAGAGCCCUGUCCAGGCAGUGCCGACUGUUACUUCGCGGCAAGAAGGAUCCCACUUCUCGGGACCAAACACCGUCCACGACAACGGAACUGUCAACGCUAUCGGGAGUAUCUAUGCUGAGACGGUUCAUGUCGGUGGUACGCACAAUCCUUCGAUCUAUAAUGGCAUCCCAGGCUAUGGCAUGCCUACCCGGCAAGCCGUCUGUGCGCUCUUCUCAAUGCCCUACAACCGAGAUCCCAACUUCAUCGGGCGCGAAGAUGUCAUCGAUCAGAUUGACGCGAUGUUUUUCCUGCGGCGUCGACAGCGGGUCGCGAUUGCGGGGAUGAGCGGUGUUGGGAAAUCUCAAAUCGCAAUCGAAUACUGCUACCGGGUCAAAGACAGACAGCCACAAACAAACGUGUUCUGGGUCCAUGCCGGCAGCAAAGAAAGCUUUGCGCUGGCAUACAAGGGCCUCGCAGAGCACUUGGGCCUGCCCGGGUUAGACAACCCCAGGGUGGACGUCCUGCAUCUAGUCGCCGAGAGGCUCAGACAUGAGUCUCACAGCCGUUGGCUUAUCGUUCUGGAUGGCGCAGGUGACCGCGAUUCAUUUUUCAGCGACGACUUCUCCAGCUGCUACAUUCCAGAAAGUCCCGCCUGCUCCAUCCUCGUUACUACGACGGAUGAGAGUGUCGGUCGACGGUUGACCAGGGCGGAGCCCAUCAAAGUCAGAUGCCCAACUGUGGAGGAAGCGGCGAAGUUGCUCCGAGCCAGGUUGAUAACUCGAGAGGACAACGAACCAGACGAGGAGACAAAGGCGGUUAUGGUGGCCACACUGCUCAAUAAGCUGCCUCUCGCCAUUACACAGGCCGCCGCGUACAUCAACGACAACGGGAUUUCCCUUGGCAGAUUCAUCGAAAUCCUUCGCACGAGUCCCGCUGACCAGCAAUAUCUUCUAAAAUACGGUGGCUCGAGGUCGGUGACACUCACCUUCCAACUAUGUUUCGAUCGGGUGGCCAGGGACCCCCGGGCGGCAGAACUGCUUUCCCUGAUGUCGGUGCUUGAAUGGCAAGAGAUCCCCAAAUUGCUUCUGCGAAAAGAAAAGGAACUUGAAGCGGAAUUCACUAACGCGCUCGGCAAGCUGAUGUCGCUGUCGCUGAUCACAGCUGAGAAUGACGGUGAGACAUUCACGAUGCACCAGCAUGUGCAGUGGGCAGCCGAAGACUGGCUGAAGAAGCGCAAAGUGGGCGACUAUCAUGGCAAAGCUGUCGAACAGCUGGCGAGACUAUUCCCUACCGCCGAGUAUGAGAACUGGAAGCAGUGCCGCGUUCUGUUUCCUCAUGCGAAAGCCGUACUGGAGUACCGCCACGCCUCCACGCUGCCGUACGCGGAGCUGUUGCACAAGGUAGCUCGCUACCAGUGGCAACAGGAACGAUUCGACGUCGCGCAGACCUGGGCCCAGAACGCAUAUGUCAUGCGUCGGAAGCUACUCGGCGAGAAUAAUGCCAAAACAGUCGACAGCCUGGCCCUCUUGGGAUCCGUGUUGGAAUGUCGUGGACACUAUGCGGAGGCACUGGAGAAGCACCAGAAGGCUCUAGAAUGGAGAAAGCGCGUCCUGGGAGAAGAGAAUCCUGCUACACUGGAGAGCAUGAAUGAGGUGGGUGUAGUGCUCCGGAAACAGCGUCAAUAUCGUCGUGCCGAAGUCAUGCACCGGCAGGCGCUGGCUGGAAGACUAAAAGUCCUUUCAGAGGACGAUCCUGCCACGCUGACGACCAUGGACGAUCUUGGAGUCGUCCUGGCGAACCAGGAGAAGUACGAAGAGGCGGAGGCCAUGCACAGGCGUGCUUUAGCAGGAAAAAUGAAAGUUUUGGGCAGGGAUCAUCCGAUGACGCUAGCCAGCAUAGAAUAUCUGGCGAGCGUGCUGAGCGACCAGCGACGCACCGAUGAGGCGUGGGAGAUAUAUCAGCAAGUGUUGGAUCUUUACACCAUGCUGUUGGGUGAAUCACACUCGGACACCGUGUCAUGCGUAAACAACCUGGCCUGCGUGCUCUUGGAGCAGGGGAAAUACGCCGAAGCGGAGAACCUGUAUCGGCAGGUGGCACACACCUACAAGAGAGUCCUGGGAGAGGCGCAUCAGUACACGUUGACUAGCCUGCAGAACCUAGCCGGGACAUUAGUGCGGCAGGACAAACACUCCGAAGCCGAGAAGGUCUGUCGAGAAGUACUGGCCGCGAUGGAAAACUCCCAGGGGAAAGAGAACCCAGCAACGCUGGUUUGUCUACGGCGCCUUGCCCUGACAGUGCAGAAUCAGGAACGCUAUGAGGAGGCCGAAGAGCUAUAUCGCCGUGCAUUACGAGGGUGGGAGAAACGGUCCACGGACGACAAAGAGGAGGCAGCCGCUUGUCUGAACGGCCUGGUUGAGGUUCUGCGAAGCCAGAGGAAGGAUCAAGAGGCGGAAUGGGUUCAAGCACGGUGGAAUGCACCCGGCGUUUGGGUAAUCGGGGUCCUAGCUAGAAUGAUGUACCAGAAAUUUGUAGAUCAGUGGAUGUGGUGGACAGAAAGGUCGACAUAG